AUGAGACUCACACUGAUCCUCAUAUGGAUCGUGGUUUUCUCUGGACUCCCCUCACUCGUCAUUUCCUCAGACUUCUCUUCGAAUGCCACCAAAACCCUUGUCCCUCAAAUGACUAUCGUCGAGAUGAUCGAAACGUAUACUGUCGAAACCAUCAAAAACGAAACGAAGAAAGAAAAGAAACCAACCUUAGCCUAUAAAAUCAUGAACAUGGGUUCGGAGAACAGCUGGCGAGGAUUGUUGUACGGCGUCCGUACUAAGAACAAGACCUUGCGUGUCAAAAUUUCGAACAUCAUCCCUACCUACUAUCUCUUCCAAAGCUGCAAUCAAACCUUCUGGCAGUCAAAUGGACCAAUCGAGACUGCAGUUAUCGACUUUACCAUGCCAUGGAUUCAAUAUCUCUGGAAGCUGUUGAGAACAUGUGAUCCCAAAAAUCAAUUCUUCGUCUUUACGGCUGUCGACAACUCCACAUUCUCCAUAAAAUCUGAUGCUCAUGUCGAUUUGUUCGAGUACAACACUACUCACACCCCCAAAGAGACUGACCACAUCACUAACGAAGUCCGUAUUCGUGGGCGCAACAAUUCUCUCUUCGAUGUCAGAAUCAACGGAAUGAUCGCCAGAGCCCUCCAGUCCAACGGUACUUCUGAAAUCCGCAUCGCCGCCACAGGGUCGCCACUGGCCAUCCACUUCCAGCUCGUCAAGUGUGAUCUCUUGUUCAACUUCACUCUCAAAAUUCGUCCGAACGAGAUGUUAGUCGUUGAUGAGAAGCUUCUGAACGUGUUCAACAUGCUGAAACACACCUACUGCUCAAAUGGAACUGAGGAUGACUUGAGCUUCCAACUGCUCUUGAAUUGGCCUCCACGUGCCAUCACCAAAUCGAUCAAGUUCGUUCUCUCUCCCACAAUUCCAUCUUUGAUCUAUGUCCGCCGCACCAACAGUUCUGGUGAUGAAGAUGACAUGGCUCUCUUCUGGUACGGUGUAUCUCUGACUCUUGUCUUCCUCUGCCUCUCAGCUACCAUCUUACUUCUUGCUCUUCUCUACCAUAUGUCCUCUAAGAAAGCCGAAUAUUUCGUCACCACGGAACCGGUUGUUGCCUACCGUCGUCGUCAACCAAUCAUCCAGAAACGCCUUUUCAAGAGAAGUAUUGUGGUUAUUGAGCGACCCAGUGACGUGGAGUCACCGUGUGACACGGAGUCACCUGAUGACAACGAGUAUUGA